CUUCUCUGCUCUGUCUCAUUUCUCAUUUCAUAUUUAGCGCUCGAUAUUUUACGACUGUUUGGCUUUUCACAAAUGUCGCCAUCUUGCGGAGUAAAAAAAUUAAAACAAACAAAAUGGCUUCUGUGAAUGAUCUUAACGUAUCCCAGACAAGAAGAAGCUCAUCUCGUAAUAUUAAAAGAAAAAAAUUUGAUGAUGAGUUGGUUGAAAGCAGUAUAUCGCAUCCCAGACAAGGGAGAUCUCGUACCUCAUCAACUUCAAUGGCCCCCGGAAUAACUGGACAAGUUACUUGUGGUAAGGAUGUUCCAUUAACUCCUGGUUUACCGCUUUCUGGUGUUUUACAUUCUCCUCUAUCAGUGGCCAUCCCCACACCAACAAUAUCAACCAGCGAAGCCCUGAAUAAACGUCCAAAACCCGUGACAACAUUCUCAAAAAGACGGCGCCAUCGGCAAGCUCACAACAAUGCUGUCAAGGACAUAGGUCGAUGGAAAGCACAAGAUGAUCUUGCCCUCAUAUUAGCUGUACAACAGACCAAUAACUUGGAAGAUGUUUAUCGUGGUGUCAAAUUUUCAUGUAAAUUUACCUUGAAAGAGAUAGAAAAUCGUUGGUAUGCUCUUUUGUAUGAUCCAACCAUUGCCAAGAUUAGUGUUUCAUCAAUACGUCAAUUACACACAGAUGUAAUUGCAUUAACUCACAGAAAAACAAUUUUCAGUCAACAAGAAGAAGACAUUCUGAAAACAGUCCCAUCCGCAUCUUUACCAACAGUUGAAUUGUUUGAGGAGAUGCUUUCCAAGAACACUGAUGUGUUUCUUACUUUUCGCACCGCGAAGUGUUUGUUGAAUCAUUGGACCCUUCUAAAGCAUCACCAUCUCUUACCUGACCAGUCAAUACAAUAUUUUUCCCGUCAUCAGGACUUGAUGAACUUCUCAGAUGGUGAAGAUUCAAUUGAGAAAGAUGUUGAAGCCUCUUUGGGCCUUCCCUGUAAACAAGAUGAUAUUCUCCAUUCGGAACAUAUCUUAUCCGAUCGAAAGAAUAAAAGAGAAAUUCGCCGAUUAGAAAAUGAAAUACCUCGUUGGCAAGUGUUAGUAGAUAGUAUAACUGGUGUUGCGCCAUCAGAUUUCGACAAUCAUACUUUAGCAGUCUUGAGGGGUCGUCUUGUGCGUUAUCUGAUGAGAUCACGAGAGAUAACAUUAGGAAGGUGUACAAAAGAUAGUGAAGUUGAUGUUAAUCUUUCAUUGGAAGGUCCAGCGGCAAAAAUAUCUCGGAAACAAGGAUUAAUUAAGUUGCAGCCAAAUGGGGAUUUUAUGCUAGCCAAUACGGGUAAAAGACCAAUCUAUGUUGAUUCGAAACCCAUUAUCGGAUCUCUGCAUUGUGCAAAGUUGUUUAAUAAUUCGGUGGUUGAGAUUGCUGGACUUAAAUUUGUAUUCUUAAUUAACCAAGACUUGAUAGCAGCAGUCCGCACCGAAGCUCUAAAAAGUCAAAUGUAGAUGAGUUUUGUACUGAAUAUGAAAAAUAAUUGACAGCAAAGUCAAAUCAAUUUACCAAUAAAAUAAAAUGUUAUUAUUUUCUCAAAAUGCAAAA